GCUAUGCUUGGGGCAGCAAAAUCCCUAGAGCCGCCCCUGCCUACAGGAGGUCUGACUAGGUGACUUAAUGGUCCCUUGUGGCCUUGAUGGAUCAGUGAAAGGUCCCCUCAGUGCAGGAGGGGAGGUUUUCUGUCUCACAGAAGGUCCCAAGCUCUUCCACUUGACCAUCAGAGCUUGGCUUCCACAUUCAACAGGUGACAAAGAAGGAGUUAACAAGUGUGAGUGCAAGAACCCCAGGCCGGUGACCAGCCCAGAGCACAGGGAGCAGGACUGAACUGGUGGGCUCAGGCUGGUAUGAACAUGAAGACAUUCUGCAGUGCUCUGCUGGCUCUGUGUUGGGCUUUCAGAGUUGGAGAAUCGCGAGAGAGCCUCCCGAUGCAGAGCCUGCGCUGCUACAAUGACUACACGUCCCAGCUGACCUGCACAUGGCAGGAAUGCACAGCAGCACGACGCUUCCUCAAUGUGACUCUUUACCAUGAGGACAAUGUAAACAAUAACAGCAUACAGAUGCCAUGUGAGCCUCAGCAAACCAAGAGGUUGCCUGACUGCCAGGACUCCUGUGUCUCCUGGAGCUGCCACAGGAACAGCACCCUUUUUGCAAUUGGGGUGCACGACAGAUACACUUUCAAACCCGAUCAGUUGCUGCAGACCGAGCUGAACGUCAGCCUCUUCCAGAAUGUCCAGCCCCUCCCGCCUCAGAAGCUCUGGAUCAACGUCACAGAAGCAGGUGACUUCUUGCUGGCCUGGGAAGCAGCAGAAGGGAGUAAGGGAAACCACUGGGUCCAUGAUGAAUUGGAGUUUGAAGUGACCUACAGGAGGGAAUGGGAAUCCUGGGAGAACUCUUCUUCGGUGUCAGUCGCAAACUCCUCCCAUUGCCUGCUGAGGCGUGAUGCCCUUGUGCCGGGCAGCACCUAUGUAGCUCGUGUGCGAUCCAAGCCGAGCCAGGGCGCUGGUUGGUCUGGGCAGUCCAGCGAAUGGAGCACUGCCGUGUCCUGGAAGUCCCAGGAAGGGGAUGAGGCUCAGCCCAAGAAUCUUCGCUGCCUCUUCAAUGGGGUUGAUCGGCUAACGUGCAGCUGGGAAGUGAGGAGAGAGGUCACCAGCUCUGUCUUGUUCACGCUCUUCUACAGAACCCCACCGGCAUCAGAAGAGACAGAAUGCUCUCCAGUCCAUGAGGAGGAAUUGCCUGGCAGCCACUACCUGUUCCACAGCUGUGAGAUCAAUGUCACCAACCCCAGCAGGCUGAGCCAGUACCUCAUAACUGUCCGGCCCAAGAAGGAGGAGAAACUGAUUAAAGCCUGCAAAAACAUCAAGCCACUUGCACCUGUCAAUGUGACAAUGACAAAGACGAAAGACCAGAAGUAUGAGCUGAGAUGGACAAAACAGAUCCUAAGCUAUAGCUUUAUAGGCCAGAGAUAUGAAUUCUUGUAUUGGAAGACUGGUGACAUCAUAGAGAAUGCCAAGCUUGUAAACAUCAGCAAUGACAAGCCUCCCUUCAUCUUCACCCUGCAGAUGCUGGAGCCCUCCACACACUAUAGGGGAAAAAUGCGGGCGCGGGUGCACUUGGACAGCUACAAUGGGCUCUGGAGCGAGUGGAGUGAGGAGUGCACCUGGGAAACUGAGAGUGCCGAGUCACAACUGAUUCUCCCACUGCUGGUCCCAGUCUUCACCAUCAUGCUGAUAGCAUUUGGCUGGUACGGUUAUAGAUGCCUACUCAGCAAGAAGAAAAAAUGGGAGGAAAAGAUUCCAAAUCCUGGCAGGAGUCAGCUGCUCCAGAGCUACCUCCAGAAAAUACCGCUCGGGAUUCCGCUGCCAAGCAGCCAGCUGGACUUUGGCAAGCAGAGCCCUUCUGAGAAGACCGACCUGGCCAGCUGCAUCCAAGUGCUGGAUGGACCGAUGAAAGUUAGUUCAGCAGAGCUCCCUGCAACUGUGGCCAAUAGGAUGAUGUGCUUCCUUGGUGCACUGGACCCAGAGAACCCGUAUCAGACUCUUGAAAUGACAACUCCAGCUCCACAUCCGGCAGCCCUGACUGGCUGCCAUUCAAGUCAGGGCACCAGUCAGUCCCUGUCAUCAGCCACGCUCCCCUGGAGGAGCAGUGCUAAGGUCACUGCUUCUCAGGCCCCCAUGUCCUGCUUUGACUUUAAUGGUCCAUACUUGUGCCUCCCCCAUGGGUGCUCCCUGCCUGACAUUCAUCAGGACCGGGAAGCUGCCCCACUGGGAACCAGGGAGAGGCUAGUGUCCCUGGAGUACGUGUCCCUACCCCAGGGGUCCCCUUCCCAGACCCUGCUGGUGAGGGAGAAGAGAGGAGCAGCUCAGCUCCACUCCGUCUCGCUUCCUGUUCAGAAAGAGAUGAAGCAGCCCCUUGCUGGAGGGCAAGAAGGACCACAAGGCCAGCCAGCAGGUGGGGAAGUGGCGCAAGGGGACUCCGAAGGUCAAAGGGCACCAAUUGCUGCCAUCUUAAACAACUCCUGUCAGAAAUUGCCAUCAGGAUACGUCACCACGGAAGAUCUGUCACUGAUGCCAGCAAGAGACUGUGCCCAUCUGUCCCCUGCACUGGCCCCACCAGAGGUAAUUCUCACUGCUUCUGGCAUGUUGUCAUCCAACCCACAACUGCCCCACACCAUGGAGAGCACCCCUAGCCCUGCGUUGGGCCCUGAAAAACUUUGUGUCGCAGUCCCGCUUCUGUCUCCAGCAUCAGCCAAUCUCUCUGGAAUUGAAAGCUAUGUUAUGUUCCCCAAUGCUCUGUAUGGCACCCCAGAACCCACCAGUUUUCCCCCACCCAUCCUCUCAGAGGGGGAUGACUUAGCUAAAGCAGAGCCUGGGCAAGAGGACAGUGUGGUCAUGUUCAACCCCGACAGCACUGGGCCAGUUUUUCUACAUCAGGUGGGGGAAUACUGCUUCUUUCCUGGCCUCAAACCUGGUGAGAAGACCCCCAUGGGUGAGAGAGACCCCCUGGCUGAUCAGACAUCAGAAGCCAGACAGGCAUUUGGAAAGCCACCCUGUGAUGGAGGAUCUGUCAAUGGCAAGCAAGAACCUGCACUUCACAUGCAGGCCAUUCAGCUCUUCAAAACCCUGAAGCGUGACGAUUACUUUGUGUUGCCUCCAAGGUCAGGACAGGAACCGGCUUUCAGGGCCAAGGAACUGUGCUAGCGCUGCAAGAGGACUGGUGAGGACAAGAGAGCAAGUGAAUGGAUGAAAAGUCCCCCACUCGAAGCAUGUUGCCUCUUCUUGUCAUCACUGUUUCCCCUCCCGAACCCAGGCAGGAAAAACACAAAGGGCAAUUCUUCUUCCCAGCCCUUCUUCUUCCAAAGUGGAUGGCAGAUGUCAAUCAGCACCAUGUCCUCCUCAGCUGUAUCAGUGUCCUUGGCUAGAGAAACCAGGAAACCUAUCCCCAUGGGAGAGAUCUGCUCAUCACACAGAUCUCUAGUCCUCCUGCUAUUAUCAUGUUAGUCUUGCCAUGCUUCUGCUGCAAUGCAAUGUUAAGUUCAGCACAAACUUCACGGCAUGAAUGAUCAAACGUCAUGUCAUGGAUAAGAUUCUGGUGCAAGCACCUGGACUGAAAUGCCUCGCAUUCUGAAAACAGAUCUAGUUUAUUUAGAGAGAUAAUACCCAUCCAGAAGAAUUAGUGUUGGAAGGAUGUAGAUACUAAGGAGGGAUUGGAAUUGUUAAGGAUGGGACAAAGUGGGUCGGAGUAAAGGAGUGAAACAGCAAUGGGGAAACUUGGCUGCAGCUAAAGAAACCUUUCCUAUCUGUGACUCUAUCUUGCAGAAUAAUGUCUCUAGGGAGGUGGUGGAAGCCCCAUCACCAGAACACAUAAAACCAGACUGGACAAAGCCAGGGAGGAUAUAUAUUAUUGCAGGGAAAACUGGGGUUGGGGCAGGGGAAAGGUUGUGCGGGUAGACAAACUAUGGUCUAAUGGAUCUCUUCUAUCUCUAAUUGCUCAAAUACUAUGACAUGCUGGAUUCCCAGUACACUGGCUGUUUGUAGAAGAUGGUAGCAGCUAGCUAGCUGCUUUGGUGAGUGUUAAUGGUGCCAGGGAAAGAGAACUCGGUUCUUUCCUGUUCUUUUCUGCAAGGGAAAAACAUUAGCUCAGAGCUGCCACCCAGUGAUCAGACCUAGCAAAAUUAUCUCUCAAUCCAUGGAUCAGCUAUGACUGUUACUGAUUGAGUUAGAUGCGUCACCUACCAGGUAGGAUGUUUGAAUCUGACUUUUGUAUAUUUGUGUGACAUGGCUGAUAAGGGGAGUGUAGUGCCCCACUCGAAAGUAAAAGGGAUUAAGAGCAGAUGAGGGAGGCUGGCGAAGUAGUUGGCCCAAGGUGUGGCUGGCUUAAUCAGGCCACAGCUGGCCCUGAUAAGAGGGCUGAAGGCCAGGAACUACAGAGGCAUCUCCCUCUAGUUUUGGAGUGGGAAGGGCUGGCUGCCUGGGAGCAAGAUACCUGAAGUGAAGCAGUGCUGGGGAAGGGCAAAGGGAACGGGGGAGCUCCAGCCUAGUAAACCCCCAGGCUGCAGGCCUUGGUGAAGGCUUACAAA